AUGGAGUCUUUUCUCGGUCUCGAUCUCACAAGGAACUAUUCCUUCUUCACAGUCCCAGCUGCAUUCUUCAUCAUCACGUUCCCUCACGCCUACACCAUCACCGCAGGUGCCAAAGGGACCUACGACAACUGUAACCCUCGCUUUCACAGGGACAGAAUAGCCAAUUGUCAGACUCUUGAUAAAUCUCAUAAACAAUUCCUCCUCCGUGCAAAGGCUGCCACAGAAAACGGCCUCGAAACUAUCGGUUGCUAUGCCGCAGGUAUCUUGGCCGCAAAUUUCGCUGCCGUACCAGCGCCAACAAUCAAUAUUCUCGGCCUCGGCUUUGUUGUGAGCCGUCUCCUGUACAACAUCGCUUACCUGUGGUUGCAGGAUAUUCCCCGACUAUCACGGAAAGUCUUGACCCAAAUUCGUCACAGAAGCUUUACAACUUUCGAAAUGUUUCCCAUCAACUAUCUCGUCUUACUCUUUGCCUCAACAGCCCUGGCCCUCCCUCACAACCCAGAGGCUUGCGACACAGAUGCCCCUGCCGUCACAGCUGCUCCCAAAGAGUCGUUUGACUGUGACUACAGCUAUUGUGGCGAGGAUGACGAUGUCUUGUGGUGCUUUCACUUCAUCCCUUUCACCACCAUCAAUCCUACCCUUGGUCCUCUUCCUGGCGAGACAAGGGUCUCUAUUGGCAUGUGCGGUCCCAAAUCAGCAGACCCGAAUCCAAUGGAUUGA